AUGAACAUCACGAAUUCGGCGGGCGAAAGGCGCCCGUCAACGUCGCCAUCGACGCCCGGCUUGAACGGCGACGAUGCGCCAGCGCUGCUGUGCGGCGCCGCAACAGACGAUUUGACCAUCGCGGGCGCCCCCAGGCGCGGCCCGUCCGACCGGCGCCC